UAAACGAUUUUCUACAAAGACUGCUCCGUCGUUAUCCAUUUCAUCAUCACACUUGGGACUUGGCGCAAAUUGUCGGAUACUCUCCGUCAAUGUGCGGCUGUUCGCGGCGGAGGCGAUCGGAUUGAGGUACGGUAGGUGUUGAUAUUGUUGCGGAAGGAAGGAGGAUUAAGGAAAUGGCGACGAUGUUGUUGGUGGCGGUGGCGGUGGCGGUGACGGCUCUGAAUGCGGCAUUUUUGUGCAGCGGAGGAAUCACGAGCAGUUUUGUGAGGAGAGAUGCGAAGGCGUUUGAUAUGCCUCUCGACAGUGAUGUCUUCAAGGUUCCUCCAGGCUACAAUGCUCCUCAGCAGGUGCAUAUUACGCAGGGAGAUUAUGAAGGAAAAGCAGUGAUUGUAUCGUGGGUAACUGUAGAUGAACAAGGUUCGAGCACCGUGCUGUAUUGGGCUGAGAACAGCAAUGAGAGGAAGAAGAAGAAGGCAGAGGGGAAGGUCACUAGGUACACAUUUUACAACUACACUUCUGGAUACAUCCAUCAUUGCACUGUUGGGAAUUUGGAGUAUAAUACCAAAUACUAUUACGAGAUCGGUAUUGGGCACACAACAAGAACUUUCUGGUUCACUACACCUCCACCUGUUGGGCCUGAUGCUCCAUAUACUUUUGGUCUUAUAGGGGAUUUGGGGCAGAGUUACGACUCAAACAAGACACUUACACAUUAUGAGAAGAAUCCGAAGAAGGGGCAGACUCUGUUGUUUGUUGGCGAUCUUUCUUAUGCCGAUAGGUAUGAUUUCCAUGACAAUAGGAGGUGGGAUUCAUGGGGGAGGUUUGUGGAGAGGAGUGUGGCUUUCCAACCCUGGAUCUGGACUGCUGGAAAUCAUGAGAUCGAUUUCGAUCCUAAAAUUGGCGAAACGAAACCAUUCAAGCCUCAUAAGCACCGUUAUUACGUCCCUUACAAAGCAUCGAAGAGCACCGAACCAUUUUGGUACUCUAUCAAGAGAGCUUCAGCACAUAUCAUAGUUCUGGCUUCUUAUUCAGCAUACGGUAAAUACACUCCUCAAUACACGUGGCUCGAAGAGGAGCUGCCGAAGGUGAACAGAUCCGAGACGCCAUGGCUGAUUGUGCUGAUGCAUUCUCCAUGGUACAACAGCUACAACUACCACUACAUGGAAGGAGAAACCAUGAGAGUUAUGUACGAGCCGUGGUUCGUCAAAUACAAAGUCGACGUCGUGUUUGCUGGCCAUGUACACGCCUAUGAACGAUCGGAACGCGUGUCUAACAUUGCGUACAAUGUUGUGAAUGGAAUUUGUACACCGGUGAGAGACCAGUCGGCCCCUGUUUACAUAAUCAUCGGAGAUGGAGGAAAUCUCGAAGGCCUCGCUACCAACAUGACAGAGCCACAGCCGAAAUACUCGGCGUUCCGGGAGGCGAGCUUCGGACAUGCGACAUUCGCUAUAAAGAACAGGACACACGCGUACUACAGCUGGCACCGGAACCACGAUGGGGUUGCGGUGGAAGCCGACUCCAUGUGGUUCUUCAACAGGUACUGGCAUUCUAUCGACGAUUCUACUGCUACCACUACUCAAUAAUAAUAAUAGUAAUUUGUUAUAGGGUACUUGUAUUUUCGACUGCAGUUGCUAUGCCGCUUUGUAAGAAAGCAGUACAAAUUUCUGGAUAUUUUUAAAAAAUAUCUAAGGGAAAUGCUUAUUUCCGAC